AUGGGUAAUCAGAAUGGGACCCCCGGGAACGACUACUACAGCCGUUUCCCCAGGGAGCAUCCUGCUUCUAGGUAUGCUGAUGGGAUUGAUGAGGAACGCUACUCCGACUUGAAGAAGUCCGAGACACCCUGGCCCGAUGCCGACUCGUUCAAGCCCACCGCUGCUGGUAUUCUGAGGCAAGGGUUGGAUCCGACAUCCAUCUCUGUCCUCGGGCGCAAGACGGCGGACCUGAGGGAGCAUUAUAUCAUUGGCCGGAAGCUUGGGCAGGGCCAGUUUGGGACGACGUACCUCUGCACCGAGAUAAGUACAGGGUGCGACUUUGCGUGCAAGACCAUCCUGAAGCGUAAACUCAUCACCAAGGUGGAUGUCGAGGAUGUGCGCCGUGAGAUCCAGAUAAUGCACCAUUUGUCGGGACACAAGAACGUUGUCUCGAUCAAGGAUGUCUAUGAGGACGUGCAGGCGGUCCACAUUGUGAUGGAGCUCUUGCCUGGCGGGGAGCUCUUUGACCGAAUUCAGGGGAAUGGGCAUUACAGCGAGAUGAAGGCUGCAGAGAUUACAAGAAUUGUUGUCAGCAUUGUGGCCAUGUGCCAUUCUCUUGGUGUGAUGCACCGCGAUCUCAAGCCAGAAAAUUUCCUCCUCCUUGACAAAGAUGAUGACCUGUCCAUAAAAGCAAUUGAUUUUGGCCUAUCCGUUUACUUCAAGCCAGGCCAGGUUUUCAGUGAGCUAGUUGGCAGCCCGUUCUAUGUUGCUCCUGAGGUAUUGCACAAACGCUAUGGGCCAGAAUCCGAUGUGUGGUCAGCUGGAGUGAUACUCUAUGUAUUGCUAAGUGGGGUUCCACCAUUUUGGGCAGAUACACAGAAAGGCAUAUUUGAUGCAGUUCUGAAGGGGCACCUUGAUUUGGAAUCAGACCCUUGGCCUAAGAUAUCUGACAGUGCAAAGGAUCUUAUAAGAAAGAUGCUAUGCAAUUGCCCUUCAGAGCGUUUGAAAGCCCAUGAAGUGCUACGACAUCCCUGGAUCUGCCAAAAUGGGGUGGCCACUGACGGAGUUUUGGAUCCUAGUGUUAUCUCUCGGCUCAAGCGGUUCUCUGCAAUGAACAAUCUACAGAAAUUGGCUCUGAGAGUGAUAGCUGAGCGUCUUUCAGAAGAGGAGAUUGCUGGAUUAAGAGAAUUAUUCAAGACAGUGGACAUAAAAAAUAGAGGUGUGAUCACUUUCGGUGAGCUUAGAAAAGGUUUGACAAGAUAUGGCAACGAAUUGGUGGAUACCGACAUUUGUGAUAUAAUGGAAGCGGCUGAUACAGACACUGAUGUAACCAUAAAUUAUGAAGAAUUUAUUGCUGCAACCAUGCCUCUAAACAAGAUAGAGCGGGAAGAGCACUUGAAGGCAGCUUUUACAUAUUUUGACAAAGAUGGCAGUGGCUAUAUCACAGUCGACAAGCUUCAACGAGCCUGUGCAGAAUAUAACAUGGAGGGCACUCUCCUUGAAGAGAUUAUUUUAGAGGCCGACCAGAACAAUGACGGUCAAAUUGAUUAUGCCGAAUUUGUAGCCAUGAUGCAAGGCAACACCAACGGUGGCAAUAUUGGACUUGGGCGUCCAACAAUGGAAACCAGUCUGAAUGUGACCUUGAGAGAUGCAGCUCAAGUACAUUAA